AUGGAAGCUUGUUUGGUUUCAGCUUUUGAUCGGAAGUCAUGGAGUGGGGCAUUAAAGAAAAUCGAGUCGCGAAUCGCAUUACAUAAAUGUGGAAAAAAUUCAAAUCAAAUUUUCGAACUUUUAAAACCACUUGGUUUAUCGCGAAUGUUUGUGUAUCGCACUAUAAAACGUUUUGAUGAACUGUCAAGAGUAGAGGACAGACCAAGAAGUGGUCGUCCACGCGUCGCUCGAACGAGCGCAAAAGUAAAAGCUGUGCGUGAACGAGUUCGUAGGAAUCCUCUCCGGAAGCAGAAGAUCAUGUCCAGAGAAUUGGAUAUAUCCGCCAGAUCCAUGUCAAGGCUGAUCCGAGAUCUUCACAUGAAAGCCUAUCGUCGAGCAACAGGACAUCUAUUAACUCCAAGUCUUAAAACAAUUAGACUUGAAAGAAGCAAAGCUUUUGCAGUGGCACGCGAAGAAGUUUACAAUAAACAAAAUGAUAAGAUUUUUGCGACGUCAUCCAAAGGAGCCAAAAAAGUUGUUCCAAGGGUUCAGCGGGGACACCACCCCGCUUCAGUAAUGGUUUGGUGGGGGGUUUCCCAUAAAGGUGUCACAUCACUGCAUUUUUGUGAAAAAGGCGUGAAAACCGGUGCAAAAGUGUAUCAGGAGAGUGUUCUCGAGGGUGUUGUUAAGAGAUUAACAAAUACUCUCUUCAACGGGGAAAGAUGGGUCUUCCAACAAGACUCUGCUCCAGCACACAAGGCAAAAACGACACAAGAGUGGCUUAAAACAAAUAUCCUGGAUUUUAUUGCAGCUGCAGAUUGGCCGUCGGGGAGUCCAGAUUUGAAUCCAUUGGAUUACAGUUUGUGGUCCGAACUGGAGAACAUGGCCUGUAAGACUCCCCAUCGAAAUUUGGAUAGCCUUAAAGCUGCUUUGUUAAAAGCAGCGUCAUCGAUACCCAUCGACACAGUGCGUGCCGUUAUAGACCAAUGGCCACAACGUUUGAAAGCCUGCAUUAAGGCUAAAGGCGGCCAUUUUGAGUAAAACUUUUUUUUCUUAAAACUAAUAUUGAGA